UAUAAAAAGGCAGCGAGCCAACAGUACAGUCUGCACAAACUCAAGGAGCAGUUUGUGAUUCCAGUUCAGCAACUGAUUAAAAAGCAUCAACUGUCCUGCAGCUCUCCGCAGAGCACAGAGCCACCAUGAACUGUAUAAUCCAUGCGCUGCUGCUAUUGGGGCUGACAGCUUAUUCGUUUUCAGCACCAGCUGCCGAUUCUGUCAGGUGGUGCAACAAGUCCCCCCAGGAGCAGAGGAAAUGUGAAGCCCUGAAAACAGCUACCGGCCACUUUACCUGUCUGGAGAAAAAGGAUACAAUGCAGUGCAUUGAAGCAAUAAAGAAUCUGGUGGCAGAUGCAGUAACCCUGGAUGGUGGGGAUAUUUAUGAAGCUAGCCUUACAAACCAUGACCUUCACCCAAUCAUUGCUGAGGACUAUGGUGAAAGAACUUCUGAUACUUGCUACUAUGCUGUGGCUGUUGUCAAGAAGGGCAGUAACUUUUCUUUCAGAGACCUACAGGGAAAGAAGUCCUGUCACACUGGACUGGGCAAGUCUGCAGGCUGGAACAUCCCUAUUGGGACUCUGGUAUCUGAGGGGAUCCUAAAGUGGGACGGGCCGGAGACAGAACAAAUUGAAAGAGCUGUCUCCAGGUUCUUUUCUGCAAGCUGUGUACCAGGAGCAGCCAAGGACCUCUACCCAAAGCUAUGUGAGCUGUGUGCCAACUGCGCCCGUUCACACGUGGAACCUUACUACGAUUAUGAAGGAGCUUUCAAAUGCCUGAAGGAUGGCAAAGGCGAUGUUGCAUUUGUCAAACACCUUACAGUCAAGGAUGCUGACCCAAAUGAGUAUGAGUUGCUGUGUAAAGAUGGCUCUAGAAAAGAACUUAGUGAUUAUUUGUCCUGUAGUCUGGCCAGAGUCCCUGGACAUGCUGUUGUAACCAGGAACGAUAAAGUCUUGGCACAUAAAAUUUGGCAGUAUCUUGAAGAUGCAAAGAGCACAUUCCCCAACCUCUUCAAGUCUGCUGAUUAUGGAGGCAAGAACCUGAUGUUCAAAGAUUCUACGAAGAAGUUGGUGCUUGCCCCUGACAACAUGAAUGCCUAUCUGUACCUGGGAGCGGAGUACAUGCACAUAAUUCAAGCUCUCAAGAAAAAGGAACCCUCCAGUGCCCCCACAGAUCCAGUGAAAUGGUGUGCGGUUGGUAAGAAAGAAAGAGAAAAGUGUGACACAUGGUCCAUCAACACGUGCACCAUGGCUGAAUGCGAUAAAGGAAAGAUUAAGUGCAUAUCUGGAGGUUCUGUUGAAGACUGUAUUGAAAAGAUCAUGAAAAAGGAAGCGGAUGCUGUCACCAUGGACGGAGGCUACGUCUACACAGCAGGGAAAUGCGGCCUUGUGCCCGUCAUGGUAGAGAGCUACAAAGCAGAUGUAUGCGCAUCAUUAGCAGCAGAAAAAGCCACACGAAUUCCUUGUUUUUCCUGCUCCUACUAUGCUGUGGCAGUUGUGAAGAAAGACUCUCCACUCACCUGGGCCUCCCUACAAGGUGCAAAAUCCUGUCACACAGGCUUGGGACGGACUGCAGGAUGGAACAUUCCAAUGGGAAUUCUCAAGAAAAGUGCUAUCAAAGACUGUGACUUCACUAAGUUCUUCAGCCAGAGCUGCGCUCCCGGAGCAAACAAAACCUCCAGCUUGUGCUCUCUGUGUGCUGGAGAUAAAAAGGCAACUAUUGGAGGCGACAACUCGAAAUGCUUAGAAAAUGACUCUGAGUCAUAUUAUGGAUAUGCUGGGGCACUCAGGUGUCUGAUCGAAAGAGGAGAUGUUGCCUUUGUUAAACAUACAACUGUGUUUGACAAUACUGAAGGAGAUAAUAUUCCUAAAUGGGCCAAGGGCUAUAAGCCUUCUGACUUCAAGCUGCUGUGUCGCAACGGUGCAACAGAAACUGCUCACCCCAGCGAGUAUGAGAAAUGCCAUCUUGCUAAAGUCCCAGCACAUGCAGUCAUGACUCGUCCAGAAAGCAGAGAUGUGGUCGUCAGGUUACUGAAGGAGCAGCAGAAAGAGUUUGGUUCUUCUCAAACUGAUGCAGAUAGGUUUAAGCUGUUCAAGUCGGAAACCAAGGACCUUCUUUUCAAAGAUUCCACAAAGUGCCUGAUAGAGGUCCCUGCAAGAACUGUCAAAGACUUUCUUGGAAAGGAAUAUUAUGACUCUGUAACAGAACUCUCAACAUGCACGGCAUCAGAACUCCAGAAAGCAUGUACAUUCCACAAGUGCCAGCAAGCUUAAAAACACCUGUGAGCUUCUUCAGGACCUGUGCUGUUGAAUUCUACACAUGUAAUUGUCUAUCUUUACUAACAUGCAGUUACCUUUAGGAAAGGUGGAGGGGAGGGGAGGAGGGCAUAGAUCUGAGUCUUCCAAAUGUUUGUAAAAGAAAAUAAAUAAAACACUUUUCACACUGGAUACUGCACCUAUUUGUUUUAUGUCCCAUCCAGUGAUUCUGAUGGUGUUCGUCCAGUUCAGAUAUCAUAUAAAAGUCGUGAAUAGCAUGUUAUUCAAUCAAUCAGUUAGUUUCCAAGAUACACUCAACCAAUAAGUCAGUAGUACAAAAAAGAGAACAGUAUGCGAAAAAAAAACUAUUUCAUAACAAAGACUAAUUUUCUUGUUUAAUGGCACAUAAUGUGAAAUUAAGAAUAUUUAUGUACAAUAGAGUUCAAACCCAAGCAAUAAAUGUGUCACAUUUAUUUGGGAAAUAUUUCUGUAUUUGCUGCACCCUCCCCCUCCCUG